GACCUUUCGCGCAAGCUGCGCGAGGAUGACGUAUAUCACGCCUUCCAUCUCGAGAAAGACUCCAUAGUCAUAGUCAACAUCUGGUCAAUCCUUCAUGAUGAGACGAUAUAUCCUCGGCCAGAAAUAUUCGAAACAGAGCGAUUCCUCAUGGACGACGGCUUCGAUCCAGAUAUCCUCGACCCACAAGAUGUCGCGUUUGGUUAUGGCCGCCGCAUUUGUCCCGGAAGGUACAUGGCGUACGCUACCAUGUAG